AUGUUGCGGUGUGCCAUCACGCGUGCCGAUGUGAAUAAGGAGUGUUUCUACGGGGACAGAAGCCUCCUGCCAGAGCAGGCCUGCAAGUGUGCUUCAGGCAAAGAGCAGCUGAGUCGACGCCUGUUGCUCUGGGCCAGGGCAGAGCAGAGUCGUCUGAAAGAAGCCGUGCAAUUGCUGGAGGAUUAUAAGCAUGGAACUUUACCCCCAGGAGUCACCAACAAAGAGCUUUGGGGAGCUCAAAAAAUAAAGCAGGCCAUCAUACAUCCCGAUACAAAUGAGACCAUCUUCAUGCCUUUCAGAAUGUCAGGUUACAUUCCCUUUGGAACACCCAUUGUUGUUGGUCUUCUCUUGCCCAACCAGACGCUGGCAUCCACUGUUUUUUGGCAGUGGUUGAAUCAGAGCCACAAUGCAUGCGUCAACUAUGCAAACCGAAAUGCGACAAAGCCUUCUCCGACAUCCAAGUUCAUCCAGGGCUACUUGGGAGCUGUCAUAAGUGCUGUCUCAAUAGCAGUGGGCCUUAAUGUACUGGUUCAGCGAGCAAAUAAGUUUACCCCUGCCACCCGUCUCCUGAUCCAGAGGUUUGUGCCAUUCCCUGCUGUAGCUAGUGCCAAUAUCUGCAAUGUUGUCCUGAUGAGGCACACAGAGCUGGAAGAAGGAAUUGAUGUUUUGGACAAUAACGGAAACCUUGUCGGAUCUUCCAGAAUUGCUGCAAAACACGCACUGCUAGAAACAGCCCUGACUAGAGUGGUCCUGCCAAUGCCUAUACUGGUUCUACCUCCAAUUAUUAUGUCCAUACUGGAAAAAACGUCCCUCCUGAGGUCCCGGCCCCGGAUGAUUCUCCCGGUGCAAAGCCUUGUGUGCCUUGCUGCCUUUGGCCUGGCCCUCCCCUUGGCCAUCAGUCUCUUCCCGCAGAUGUCCGAGAUUGAGACGUCCCGCCUGGAGCCCGAAAUUGCACUGGCCACUACCAGUAAGACGGUAGUCUACAAUAAGGGAUUGUAAGCGGAAGCGGACCAUCUCGGCACAGAAGAUUUGGGGAGGGAAAGGGGGAGACUUGCGAUUACUACUGGGAAAAAAAAAAAAAC